UGGGACCUGUAAUGAGACGUUCCUUGCGUCUGCUUUUUUUCAUACUCUUCCCUGCUGCGCACGCAGAAGCUGAGGAAGAUUGUCAUUCUGAUACUGCCAGAGCAGGAGAUGACGAUGAGAAUGAAAGUCCUACUGAAACAGACCUGCAGGCACAACUCCAGAUGUUCCGAGCUCAGUGGAUGUUUGAACUUGCCCCAGGUGUAGGCACUAGCACUGUGGAAAGUCGAUCUUGCAGAGCAGCAAGAGGUUCUCUACUGAAAGCAGCAGCAGAUGCCAAAGGAAAACAAGAACUGGCAAAAGAAGAAAAGGCUCGAGAACUGUUCCUAAAAGCAGUAGAAGAAGAACAAAAUGGAGCUCUUUAUGAAGCCAUCAAGUUUUAUCGUAGGGCUAUGCAACUUGUGCCUGAUAUAGAGUUCAAGAUUACUUACACCCGGUCUCCAGAAGGUGAUGGCGUUGGAAACAGCUACAUUGAAGAUAACGAUGACGAUAGCAAGAUGGCAGAUCUCUUAUCCUACUUCCAGCAGCAGCUCACAUUUCAGGAGUCUGUGCUCAAAUUGUGUCAGCCUGAGCUUGAGAACAGUCAGACUCACAUAUCAGCACUGCCCAUGGAGGUCCUGAUGUACAUCUUCCGGUGGGUGGUGUCUAAUGACUUGGACCUCAGAGCAUUGGAGCAGUUGUCACUUGUGUGCAGAGGAUUCUAUAUCUGUGCCAGAGACCCUGAAAUAUGGCGGCUGGCCUGCUUGAAAGUGUGGGGUAGAAGCUGCGUUAAACUUGUUCCAUACUCAUCCUGGAGAGAGAUGUUUUUAGAACGGCCUCGUGUUCGGUUUGAUGGAGUGUAUAUCAGUAAAACCACAUAUAUUCGUCAAGGGGAACAGUCUCUUGAUGGUUUCUACAGAGCCUGGCACCAAGUGGAAUAUUACAGGUACCUAAGAUUCUUUCCUGAUGGUUGUGUGAUGAUGUUGACAACCCCUGAGGAGCCUCAGUCCAUUGUUCCUCGCUUAAGAACUAAGAAUACCAGAACUGAUGCAAUUCUACUGGGUCAUUAUCGCUUGUCACAAGAUACAGACAAUCAGACCAAAGUAUUUGCUGUAAUAACUAAGAAGAAAGAAGAAAAACCACUUGAUUAUAAAUAUAGAUAUUUUCGUCGUGUACCCGUACAAGAAUCAGAGCAUAGUUUUCAUGUGGGUCUACAGCUGUGUUCCAGUGGCCACCAGAGAUUCAACAAACUCAUUUGGAUCCAUCAUUCUUGUCACAUUUCUUACAAAUCAACUGGUGAGACAGCAGUCAGUGCUUUUGAGAUCGACAAGAUGUACACACCCUUGUUCUUCGCCAGAGUGAGGAGCUACACUGCUUUCUCAGAAAGGCCUCUGUAGAGCCUCAGGCCCAGUCUCUCCACUGUUGCAUGAAUAAAAGCUUACAGUGCAAAAGAGCACCUAAGUUAUAAAUGUACAUAUAUAUUAUAUAUAUAUAUACAUAUAUAUAUAUAUAUGGGAUUGGAACUUAU